CAUGUCAAUUAAAAGAAUGUGGUUUGUUCUUGCUUUGUUGAUGAUUAUUGACAACUGUGAUUGCGUUUUGAAUAUAGAGCGAGCACUUGAAAAACCAAGCAUAAGACCCCUAAACCUCAAGGCCAGAACUCAGGACACUACAGUGUUUGUAUAUGGGCGAUUCCAGUGUCCUGACGAUACUUAUGUAGAUAUUGAUUACGGGACAAUUGUGAAAUUUCAAAAAGUGUUGGAUUCCACGAAAAAUUCCACAGACUUUGAACUGGUUUUGUACCAUGACUCAGGAAUGCAUUCCAAGCUUACACUCCGCUCAAAAUCUUCAUUAGAAUCUCUAGUCAUUUACUUGAAUGAUAAAGCAGACAAGAGUGUACAAACUGGGCAUUUUGGGACAAAAUGCGAAGUUGGAAUCAGCAGUUUAUCCGAUCAUAAUUCCAAUCUUCAUUGUAUCUAUUGA